AUGACGAAUCAUGAAAGAAAAAGAAAGCAUCAAGAAAUGUAUGACGAGUAUGAGCUGUACAGCACUGAAGAAGAGUUUCGUAGCUUUCCACGUUUAGACUUAACUGCAAACAUGUCUAACGGCAAGAAUGUAACUCCAUCAAACAUUUUUACUGCUGCUAAAUUGGGCAAUAUUGAAGGCUUGGACACUGCCUCAAUUAAUUGCAAAACUAGUAGUGGCUUGACUGCGCUUAUGGUAGCUGCUGAAGACAAGAAUUUGCUGGCAUAUUCCUUUUAUAGAAAACCUGAUCUUCGUGUCACAGCACUAACCAUUGCUGUGGAAAUUCGCGACAUAGAAUGUGUAGAAGAGCUGAUCAGGGCUGGAUGUUUCUUUAAUUGUGAUCGACGAUUGGAGGCUUUAGAGAUGGCAAAGAAUGAACGCUUUAGGGCAGCUGUUGCCGAAGGCGAGAAAGCUAUGCAGAAAUAUCUUAAAGAUGACUCGGACCAAAGUGGGACCGCAUUUUAUGUGGCUUUUAUUAAUGAACGUAUUGAUUUGCUAUAUGAAUUAAUAGACGCGGGGGUUUCCAUCAAUUUAAAAUCAUUAACGGGUGAAAAUUUAUCGGAAAAGUUAGCUCUGAUUAACAAUCUUCUUAUUUCACCACAAGGGAAGCGUAGUGGAAUGGUAAGACAUUUAGAGUCACUACUUACACAAGCCGUACAAGUGAAAGAUAUAUCGAUUAUCAGAAUUCUAAUUGAAAAAUACUCUGAUUUUAAUAUUGUGCAUUUCUCCAAAAAUAAAGCUCUUCAAAUCGCUUGUAGUGGUGAUAGAGUUGAGCUAAUAAAUGUGUUGUUGGUUGGAGCUAAAAUGGAAGCAGUUAGUUGCUGUCACAUAGAAAUCGUUAAACUGCUUGUAUCAUCCGGCGCGGAUGUUAACUUGGUUGACGAAGACGGCAGUAGUUUACUUAUAAAAGCUGUUCUGUCAAAACAAAUGAAGAUUGUCAACUUUCUUAUAGAAAAGAAAGUAAAUAUCGACCAAGCAGAUGAUUCUCGGAGUACAGCUCUUCAUUAUGCCUGCAGGUCAAAUAAUCUGGAAAUAGUAAAAUUAAUUGUGAACGCUGGAGCUAAAGUUGAGGGCUAUAAUAAUGAAAGUUAUACACCUUUCUCUGAGGCAUGUAAGAUAUCGCAAAUUGACAUGAUGGAGCUUCUUAUCAAGGCAGGCUCGGAUAUAAAUUGUCUGUACAGCACUGAAGAAGAGUUUCGUAGCUUUCCACAUUUAGACUUGACUGCAAACACGUCUAACGGCAAGAAUGUAACUCCAUCAAACAUUUUUACUGCUUCUAAAUUGGGGAAUAUUGAAGGCUGGGACACUGCCUCAAUUAAUUGCACAAAUAGUAGUCGCCUUACUGCGGUUGCUGGCCCUAAUUUACAUAGAUCUCGAGGACGCAUACAUUCCUUUUAUAGAAAACCUGAUCUUCGUGUCACAGCACUAACCAUUGCAAUGGAAUUUCGCGACAUAGAAAGUGUAAAAAAGCUGAUCAGGGCUGGAUGUUUCUUUAAUUGUGAUCGAGGAUUGGAGGCUUUAGAGAUGGCAAAGAAUGAACGCUUUAUGGCUGCUGUUGCCGAAGGCGAGAAAGCUAUGCAGAAAUAUCUUAAAGAUGCCCGGAGCCAAUGGGGAACCGCAUUUUAUGUGGCUUUUAUCAAUAAACGCAUUGAUUUGCUAUAUGAAUUAAUAGACGCGGGGGUUUCCAUCAAUUUAAAAUCAUUAACGGGUGAAAAUUUAUCGGAAAAGUUAGCUCUGAUUCACAAUCUUCUUAUUUCACCACAAGGGAAGCGUAGUGGAAUGGUAAGACAUUUAGAGUCACUACUUACACAAGCCGUACAAGUGAAAGAUAUAUCGAUUAUUAGAAUUCUAAUUGAAAAAUACUGUGAUUUUAAUAUUGUACAUUUCUCCAAAAAUAAAGCUCUUCAAGUUGCUUGUAGUGGUGAUAGAGUUGAGCUAAUAAAUGUGUUGUUGGUUGGGGCUAAAAUGGAAGCAGUUAGUUGCUCUUACGUAGAAAUCGUUGAACUGCUUGUAUCAUCCGGCGCGGAUGUUAACUUGGUUGACGAAGACGGCAGUAGUUUACUUAUAAAAGCUGUUCAGUCAAAACAAAUGGAAAUUGUCAACUUUCUUAUAGAAAAGAAAGUAAAUAUCGACCAAGCAGAUGAUUCGCAGAGUACAGCUCUUCAUUAUGCCUGCAGGUCAAAUAAUCUGGAAAUAGUAAAAUUACUUGUGAAUGCAGGAGCUAAAGUUGAGGGCUAUAAUAAUGAAAGUUCGACUCCUUUCUCUGAGGCAUGUAAGAUAUCCAAUAUAGACAUGAUGAAGCUUCUUAUCAAUGCAGGCUCGGAUAUAAAUUGUGUAGAUAAAUAUCAAAGAACGCCUCUCAUAAACUCUAUUAAAGAUCACAGCAUAAUUCUCAUGCACUCUAUUAUAGAACGUAAUCUUGCCUUCACACAAUUUUUGUUAGAACAUGGAGCUGAUAUUUCAAAUGUUGACAAAGACGGAAUGACAGCCUUGAUGUGGGCAGCUAAAACAAACAACGAACAAGUCUUUGAUCUUUUGAUUGACCUUAAGCCUGAAGUCAAUUGUGUUGACCUAAAACAGAUGACAGCAUUAGCUCAUGCGGUGAUGAGCCGUAACGUACAGAUGGUAGCCAAGUUGAUACAAGCUGGAGCUGAUGUUAAUAUCGCCUCUAACUGUCGAGUAGAUUUUCUUAAACAAUAUGAAAUAGGUAACAAUAAGAAUUUAAGCAAAUUGCGAAAAAUAGUGAAAAGCUGUUCAAGUAGUAAAAACACACCACUUCAUUUAGUUGGGGCUAUCAAAUACGAUGGCUUUGAUAUAAUGAAGUUACUGUUAAAAUCAGGGGCUAAUAUUCAUGCAGUUGAUGAACAUGGUAGAACACCUCUACAUAUUGUAGCUGUUGCGGGGCAUUAUUAUAUCGCGGAAGAUUUGUAUCGACUAGGUGCGAAAAUCAAUGCUUUGGAUAAUUACGGAAUGUCCCCGUUGUUUAUGUCUUUGGUAUAUGGAAACGAAGAAGUAUUUAGUUAUUUGCUAAGUUAUGGAGCUGAUGUAAACUUGAUAUCUGAGCCUUUAGGCUCGCCUUUAUUUGCUGCUGUUUUGAGUAAUGACAAACAGCUUAUACAACGGUUGAUUCAUUACGGAGCGAUUUUAGAUGUGAACAUAGAUUCAGAGAUAAUGAUUGCUCAGAUCCCUCAGAGGACAAUAAUUUUAUUAGAAAAUGGAGCAGAAACUAAAAAGGUACCAGCACUAACGACAGGCAUAAAACUUGCUCAUCGUGAAGAGGGUUAUGAAUACGCCACACCCAUGGGAACCAAAAUGAGCUACAGUUUAGAAAUUAUUUUGAAAAAUAAUUUAAAGCGUGUAGCUGAAUCAUUUUUAAACGAUGGCGCCAAUGUUUCGGCCGCGGACGAUGAAGGCAACACUUAUCUACACUUAGCGUCUGCGUUUUGUAGCGCGAGUAUCUUGGAGCUGUUUGUAGACCACAAACCUGACGUCAAUGUCCAGAACGCAAAAGGUGAGACGCCGUUAAUGAUGGCGUGUCGUCGUGGUAAUAUUAAUGUUGUCAGGUACCUUAUUUCACUUGGAGCCGAUGUGACGUUGGUGGAUGUAAACAAGGAUACAGCCUUGCACCACACGACUCUUAAAGCAAAAGAAAUGUGUCGUUAUAAUAACGUGAUUUUAGAAAUGCUGUCAUGUACUAUUACACAUUUAAUAGAAAACAAUGCAAAUAUCCACGCCCGUAAUGGACAAGGUAACACAGCCCUACAUUUGGCUGCGAAAUUCGAUCUCGAACAUUUGAUUAGUGUUUUGAUAAAACAUGGAGCAAAUGUAAAUGAUCAAAACAACGAAGGAAACACACCACUUUUCCUUAUGACCAACGAUAAAUUAAUUCAUUUCUUGGUUGAUGAUAGAACUGACAUAAACUUACAAAAUAAAUUAGGAGAAACAGCUUUACACAACGCCUUUAAUGUGGAUGUAGCACGAGCAUUAUUAGAAAUAGGAGCAGAUAUGAACAUUCGUACACACAAUGGACGGACAGCGCUAUUGUGUGCCACAUUUACGGGUAAAUUCCCACUGGCUCAAUUUUUAGUAGAACACGGUGUUAAUGUAAACGUACAAGAUAAUGAAGGAAAAAAUGCUUUGAUACUUGCCAUUGAGUAUGAUGUCCACAACAGAAAGAGUUAUGGAUUGUAUAGCACUGAUUUUUUAAAUAUACUUUUAGAACAUGGAGCAGAUGUGAAUGCAAGGGAUGCCACAGGCCAGACCGCUUGUAUGAUAGCCGUAAAGAAAAAUAGCACGGGCGUUUUUUUGCAAGUUUUACCCAAACUUGUAGCAUAUGGGGCUGAUUUGAAUAAGGUGGACAGUAAAAACAGAACUGUUUUAAUUCAUAUUUUAUUAAAGUUUAAUACAAACAAACUGUACUAUAUUUCACAAAUACUAAAACUAGGCGCAGAUAUGGCAGUUGAUAAUGAGUACCAAUAUUUAGUCAAAGAAAUGAGUAAAGAAAUUGAAACACACAAAGAAUACGGGAGAACAACCAGUGACUUGUCACAACGAAUGUUUCAGUUUUAUCUUGUAAAUGGAUGCAUUUUAUUGAAGGCAUUUAACCUCUGGGGAAUAGAUAAAGCCCUACGACUUCCUCACUUUAUGUCUUUUAACAGUUUAGUAUUUGUCAAAUAUCUUUUUGCCAACGGAAUGAUAUUCAAGUCUGAUCUACAAAUGAUGCGAAAAUUUGAAGAAAACGUCUCGGUCAACGCCACAAAGCAAAAUAUUCCACCCGAAUUCCAAUCAGCAAUCCAACAACCCUGGCCACUGGUCAAACUAGCUUUUAUUGAAGUCUCCACCUUACUUGGGACUGGGCCUAUGAGAGAAGAAAAACUAAAACAGACCAAACUCCCACCAAGAUUACAGCGAACGUUGAUGUUUCAAGAACCAAUAUCAAGAUUACCUGUAGAAGACUGGUCUAAAAUACCUCUUUGUUUUGACACAGUUCAGUACGAGACUUUACCCUGUCCUAGACCUUUACUCUACUACUGGCCUGUUGGGCAUAGGCUGGUUAUUUAAGUAG